UGUUGUACACAAUAUGUUUAUUUCACAUACUGAUCCAAUAUCCGUGUUGCUGAGAGGUCACAUUACAAUGGGGACAGUUAAUACAGUUAAUGAUAUGCGAAAGUUAUAUAAUACCUCAUGAUUUGCUUGAAUUAAUUUAAAACUCAAAUGCAACCUGACAUGUAACAUGACAUUAUCAUAUUAACACUGAGGAAAACGUGCUGUCUCAUUUCUUCAUCCUUAACACUCGUAGUAAAUCGGGAAUUCCCGAUUUUAUUUUGAGCGCUAGCUGGUGUGUUUGCAAAUCUCCCGGAACACGUUCACCUGGCAUGAUAAGGUUACUUUAUAGUCACGCGCUAAGCGACACCCGUCACAAACAGAAACACCACGAAUUAUGGCAGGUCAGCUGGUAAUUCGGGGAAAAGUCUCACCCAAAUUCAUGAAACGUAAAAUGUACGUAUGUUAAACACCGCCAGGAGGAGCUUCGAUGGAAUGGGUAUGCAUGUGUUAAAAGAAAAGACAGCCCUAGAACAACUAACACAGAUUUAUGUGGAUAAUGCCGGCGCAAUGUGUUGUGUUGGAAGAAAACUGCAUUAUUCUGGAGUAAUAGGCCACUGCGUCAAAUAUCAAACAGUGCAAUUGGUGUACCUCUAAGCUGGCAACAACAGAUGCGAAGGUGUAAGCUUGUCCCUACUGUGUCCAAUACAAUAUAGCCAUAUUCGUAUUAAUAGACUUACGUGUGUUUUUUAUUAUUGUGUAGCGAAAAAACUACACACAUGACAGUAGAUCUCUUGUUAUAAGACCAACCUGGCUCUGAAUUUGUUAUUACUAUAUCACAGUAGCAUUGUUAUAUCUAUCAGCGGAUAGACGUUCUAUUCAUAUAAACAAACAAAACUUCAACAGUGGCGUUUUUAUUCCUAUAAACGGAACAAAAGUUCGACAGUGGCGUUGUUAUUCCUAUAAACGAACAGGAGUUCGACGGUGGAGUUGUUAUUCCUAAAAACGGACAGUUCAACAGUGACUCUGUUAUGGCUAUAAACGGAUACAAUCCUGACAGCGAGGCUGCAAAGAUCCAACUGUAUCAGCAAUCGUUUAUAGGGUGGCCAGGGAAAGUGUCUGCAGUGAAAUUAGCUAUAGCAGGAUUCAGGUACCUGGGACCUGAAGACAAGGUUAUAUGUGACACGUGCGGACUAAAACUCUACAACUGGGAUGGCAGCGAGAAACCCACCGAAGUGCACAAGUCUAACUCUCCUCGGUGUGAGUUCAUCAACAAGUGGUUUGGCGGCUCCGUCGUGUCGGAUUCUGUAAGAGUAACACCAUCAGAGCCGCCUCCUGCUUUCCCUCAGUUCUCAGACAUCAGCUCUCGACUCAACUCCUUCGAAGGGUGGCCCCAAACCAUGACCCAUCAGUCACCCUCGACUUUAGCUGCAGAGGGGUUCUACUACAUCGGGUCUGCGGACAGAACGUGCUGUUUUCAGUGCGGCAUACGUCUGAGAGACUGGGAUGUGGAUGAUGACCCGUUCGACUGUCACAAGGAAUACGCUCCUGGCUGUUCGUUCAUCAAGCGCAGAGAGCGAGGGAGGCAGGGACAGCUGGAGAAGACAGAGGAAACGUCAAAGGAACAAGCUGAAGGCCCAGAAAAUGGGAUCAGUACAUUGACUAUCGGUGGAGCUACAUCCGAUUUGAAAACCAGUAACAAUGCACCAAACAACCAAGCGACAAACACAGUGACACACAGUGUGACAAACACAGUGACACCCAAUGUUGCAAAAACAGUGACAUCCAAUGUGACAAGCACAAUGGCACCCAAUGUGACAAACACACUGACAACCAAUGUGACAUCAGCCGUCUCGGAAAAGCACACCGAUUUAUUUGAUGACGCUACAGCCAGUGUAAAUGUAGCUGAUGGUGGACAGUCGGAUAAACACAAUGUUGAUGACGUCAGUAGAAAUGACGUCAGUGAUGACGUGGUAAUCGACUGGCAAUGUCCCAAAGUUCUGGCAGUUCUGGAUUAUGGAUGUACUAAGGAGGAAAUUACGAAAGCGUUUAAACAAUACGGGGGAGAUCAUUUCCGGGAUGCACAAUCAUUAUGUUUAGCCAUAAUGAACACUUCAUAACAAAUUGAAAACCCCCCAGACAAACAUGCUUUAUAUAUGACUAACGGACCUGUGUGUGCUCCACUACAUAGACGCAAGCAUGCACACUGAAUUGAUGAAACUCACGUUGACCUCGGGAAGCCAUCAGCGUAUGUUAUCAACCAGAUGACGUGAAACUGAUGCUAGAGUAGAUGCAGUUGAUGUGCCCACUGACUCAUACAUAAAAUUGACAUCAGUAUCACAAUCCACGAAGGAAGAUGAUAAUUCUGACAAAACUGGAAAAACUGGAACUCUGCAAACGAUAUCCAGAAGGCUACCACCUGCAGUGCGAGCUCAACAACCUGUCAGAAAUCAACUGUAAACUGUCAUGCACGUCGCUGAAGCAAGUCGGGACCGGUAGACGAACAGGAAACGGAAGUGUGUCAGUGACGUUAUUCAGUUGGCCGACAGUGACUGUGUUGGUAGUAAUGAUUGUGAUCCAGUUAUCCGGAAUUACAUGUAUCUGACGU